CAUUAAUUCUUAUUGAUCAUGUUUCUUAUGCGGGACUUAAACAUUAAUUCUUUCUGAUCAAGUUUCUUAUGGGAGGCUUGUUUUCUUUAAUCAUAGUUUGACACUUUUGGCGCCCUCAUAAGAUUUCAAGUCGAUGUAUUGUGCUCUUUUUGCCUCGACGAUAAACUGAAGGUAGUGCUCAAAUCCAAGGACUUCUAAUGCAAUGUGUGGAAUGUGAUUUGCUACUUGAUCAAAUUCGCUAUGGUAACUUUAUGUUACUCACUUAAGAGAUAGACGUUAUGGUAAUUACAUAAUUUAAACAAUCAUUUUCUGGCCGCACAUUAUGGGUAUUGCAUAAAGCAUCAUCUUCUGGCAGCAUUAGAGAAUGGCAUGAAUGGCAUGCUACUGGGCUUCGCACCAGUACUUACACAUAUUCUGGAGAUCAUUGCCAAAGCAGAGAAACUUUUUCCCUCUAGCCAUAGUAAGGCAAGAAUCAAGAAGUAGUAGUCACAUUUCUGUGCACAUUCAAGAGAGGUUCUUCUCAGGUUGUUUGAACCUCAAGGAAAGCUUAAAACUAUCUAACAAGCAAAAUCCUUUGGGAAGUUGUGAAUCACCAAAUUAUAAGAAAUCCACAGGAAGUUCUUUAGUUGUUGCAGCAAGCAAGAUUGAUGACGUUCCAUACACUUCAGAUAAUUAUUUAGAUGGUGUUGGCUCUAAGCCUGCAAAGGAUCAGUUGAUGCUGAUAGAUGGAACACCUGUAAUAUAUAGAGCAUACUACAAGAUAAUGUCAAAUUUACAUCAUGGCGGAUUGCAGCAUGCUGAUGGAAACGGAGAUUGGGUUCUAAAUAUCUUCAAAAGUCUCUCACUUAUGCUUGACAUGUUGGACUUGAGUCCUUCACAUGCAGCGGUGAUAUUUGACUAUGAUGGAGAGCCAUGUUGUUACAAACCUUACCAUUCAAACCAACAAAUUUCCUUGCCCAAAGGUUCUACAUUCAGGCAUAGCAUGUAUCCUGCCUACAAGGGCAAUCGCAUACCUACUCCUGAUACUGUAAUCCAGGCUUUUCAAUAUCUAAAGGCAGCUUUGGCGGCCAUGUCAAUAAAAGUUAUCCAGGUUCCAGGUGUGGAAGCUGACGAUGUGAUUGGGACACUAGCUAUGAAUGGAGUAGCUGCUGGCUUGAAGGUACAGAUUGUGUCACCAGACAAAGACUUCUUUCAGCUGUUAUGUCCUUCCAUACGACUCUUAAGAAUGGCUCCUCGAGGAUCUCAAGUUGUGUCCUUUGGCAUAGAGGAGUUCUCUGAGAAAUUUGGAGAUCUGAAACCAUCACAAUUUGUUGAUGUUACAGCACUUGCUGGUGAUGCUUCUGAUAAUAUUCCAGGAGUUGAUGGUAUUGACCUUACAAAUGCAUUGCAAUUGAUCAUCAAGUUUGGCUCUUUGGAAAAUCUGCUCCAGAAUCUUGAUCUAGUUGCAGAAGGUGCCAUACGAGAGGCUCUGAUAUCGAACAAUGGUCAAGCACUUCUUAGCAAAGACUUGGCAACUCUAAGGUGCAAUCUUCCAUUCUGCAUGGUCCCAUUUAAGAUUAGUGAUUUGCUAUUUAAGAAACCAGAGGACCAAGGAGAGAAGUUUAUAAAUCUCCUGAGAGCAAUGAGUGCAUUUGCUGAAGGUUCUUCUUCUGCUUUAAUUGAAAACCGGGUUUUGUCUCUUUGGGCGAAGUAUUCUUUGGCAUAAUUUAAAUCAUUUUAUUCAUUUGGCCUAAUUCUUCACAUUUUUUCCAUAAAUAUAGCUGUAGCCAAGAUCAUUUGUAAUAGAGACAAAGAUACUCUCAUUCAUUUGUAAAGGCAUAUCCACCAAAAAUGGGUCUUUAGUGAAGCCACUUUUAACAAAAACUUCAAUUUACUGUAAUAACCCCAAGAGGAUUUCAGCUUACUUGUUUAGAACAGUGUAAUAUAGAAAUAAAUAGCUUUAUUUUA